UAAAAUUUCUUGUGGUCUUCAGCCUAGAAGACUACAAGAAGAUAUUUUUGAAGAAACUUAUAAAGAAAAUACUCAAUUGCAAACUGAUCUUUCAAAUUUGCAAUUUCAAUAUUUAGAUAAAAAAAAUAGUUUAUCUUUAUUAGAUAAUUCUAAAAUUCAAGAAAUUUCAGAAAAUAAUCUUUUAAAAAAUAAAACUUUAACUGAAGAAGAAAUUUCUAAAUUUAAAAUAUUAUAUUAUAAAACAAAAGAUAUUUUAAAAGAACAAGAUGAUAAUCAAAAUUUAGAUGAUAAAAUUAAUUUAUUACAAAAUAAUGAAUUUAAAGAAUCUUUUGAUAAAGAAUGUUGUGAAAAAAAUUAUUUACAAACUCAAU